AAAAAGUGUUUCGUUUGACAUCAGGGAAAAAGCAACUCUUUGUGGCAUCAGAGCGCUAGGUAUUGUCAACAAGCUGAUUACAGGUCCUCUAUGGCGCAUCAUUGAAAACAGCGAAAAUAUACUAGCACUGAAUCCCCAUUUAAGUCAUUUGCAGGUACAGCUUGAUCUCCUUGCUAAAGAUGCAUCGCCGCUGAUGAAUGGGCAGCCUGUGUUUGCAGGUACGGAACUGCACGAAGAUGAAAUAUAUAGAUCUCUCUUUUCAGCUACAGGUGAUCCAGUAAAUGAAACGUAUACUCAGAUGGCCCUCGAGUUGAUUUGUGGAGGGAUGAUGCUGAUAUUAGAAAGACAAGCUAAGGACCAGCUCCCUGGGGGUAAAUUUAUUCUUCCAGGUGAACAAGAAGCUACACGGUCACAGAACGUCCCCACCACGAACACUUGCUCAGAGCGUGACUUCGGUCAGCUUGAUGCCUUGAUGCGACUGAAGCCGUCUGCAAGUACCACUGCAUAUGAGUCUUGUAUAAUGUGGUCAAAUAAUAAGACCAGUUCAUGGUUAAAUUCUUUACCUGCAGAUGAAAAGGAAGUAAUUAUAAAUGAUGCCAGGAGCAAUGCACCAUCAGCUAUGCUUUCUUUCAGGGAAAGACAAAAGAAACUAUUUGAACAUAAACUUGAAAUUCUUAGGAAAAGGCAGCAACAGAAAACAGCAAAAGAAGAAAAACAAUAUUCACAGAAAGUUAAACUAACAAAAAAACUUGAUUCUCUAGGUGGUCUUUGGCUGACAGAAGAAGAUUUAUUUCAGUACAAAAGCAAAGCCCAACAUAAUGAAUAUAAAGAUGCUCUCAUUUCACAGCUUCAAUUUAGGAAGAAUGUCAUCCACAGCAAGGGUCCAAAUGAAAAGUUUCAGCAGGUAUGCAAAGGUAGAUCUUUUUCAGUUGAUGACCUAGAGAGAAAUCUCAUUGACAUUAUUCGUCUGAAUGCCGAUGAAGAAACAGAUGUCGAAAUACUACCAGCACUGCAAUAUAUAAACAUUGACACUGCAAAAAGUAAGUUGAACGAGUCAAAAAAUGCAUUAGCCCUAAAGAUAAGAGAUGGCCGAAACAAAAUUCGUGUGCAGCAGCAGGCAGUUCUCCUCCCACAGGUAAGUACAAAUCCAAAUUUACUUGUUGGUAAAACUUUCAAGCACAAAUGUCGUGAUCCUGAAACAAAUGAAGUCUCCUGGUAUUCAGGUAUGGUCAUAAAAAUGUUAUUAGAAAAGGGCAGAAAAACAGAAUAUAUUGUAAAGUACGAUGACGACGAUGAUGCUGAUGAAUGGAGAAUGCCACUGAUUAUUGACAUGGAGAAAGGUGAUCUGAUACUGUCAUAAUUGAGUCAAAGUAUUUUGUUUGUUUCCAGGUAUGGUUACAAACAUAUUAUUUUAAAAAUAUAUAUAAUGCUCAAAGGAUUUCUUGACUUAAAUAUUGUGUCAAUAGAUGACAGUUUUAAAAGGGGAGGACACUGGAGACAUUGUUAUUUAUUUAAUCAUGAUGAUGAUGAUGAUGAAAGAAGUUUUAUAUAUAAUAAAUAUAGUUUUAAUUAUCGAUCUAACAUGCGCAAGGUUAUGUGCCUUACAGAGUAAUUUCACCACGGCAUGAGAAUGCUGCUUAAAACUGAAAAUUGUUAUUUCACUAAAGAUGUACCAAAAGAAACUGAAGUAUAUAUUUUAGUCACUGCUCUUUCUUUUUCAGAACUUAGUUUUCACAAAAAGCAUGAACAAAAUGUCAUGUUUUAAUCUGAAUAAUACCUUAAUAUAAGAAGUGAGAGAGACAAAGGAUGUAAGGUUGAUUGAAGGGACUUUUUGCGCGUACACUAUUGUUAAUACACUGUUGUUAUUGUACCUCAUUAAUUUUAAAUUGUUGGUUGCUAUGGAAACAGCUUUCUGCAUAACCUUAAGUUUCACAAUAUACCAUUCUCAGUAAGAGAAGUCAUUUGGAAGUACAUACUUAUGAAACCAAUCAAACACUUUUCACAAAUACCUUUUUUCGCACUUUUUAAAAUUUUUGGGUGUUUUGACUUGUUUCUAUGGCAACCCUUUUUCACUAUUCUUUGCAAAUAGAUGCAUGUACAUGUCAUGUGCAGUGAUGUAUGGUUAUCAAAUUGAUAGUGUUUUGUGCUGAUUAUGAGUAUUGGGAUAAGAGUUUUAUUGAACCUAAAUUAUUUACAAAUUGCGUAGUUUUAUGCUUUCAAUUCUUCCUUUUAUGCUUUUGAUUUUGGUUGCUAUGGAGACAGAUUCCGUAAAAUGUUGCUAAAUAUUAUUAGUAAUGGUCUUAAAUUUGCAAACCACCAUAUGUAAAAGUAUUUUGUCUUUUAAUUGACAAAAAAUCUUUAAUUUUAGCAAUUUUCAUAUUGUAUGCUUUUAUUACCCGUUUCGAUAGCAACGGUUUUUUCUGUUAUAUGACUGGAUUUUCGUAAAAAAAUGUCAUAACAUGUUAAAAAAUAUCACUGAUCAAAUUACCUUUCUAAAAAUGUAUACUUUAUUAUGCAUUUACUGAAUAAGCUUAGCUGAAAUAACAUUUAAAGAACAAAUUUGCUUUGUUUUGUAGUAUUUCGGUGCCAUCUACCAUAGUACAUCCCAUUAUAUAAUUGCAUAGGAACUGCGCACAAAAAUCCCUAAAAACGAGAUCUUAAAAAUUCCAUAUCUUAAAAAGUAUUUGUGCUAUAAAGAUGAUAUUGGUCUUGUUUUGAAGGUAAUGAUAUUCUCUAUCCAAAUAACGAGAAAAACACAACAGAUUCAGUACAUACAAAAAUAACCUGAACCC